UAAAGAAACCAAGAAGACAACAAACUGCAUUAACAAGGAGUUCUCUUCUUUCUUCCUUCCUUUUUGUACCAGAAACAAAUAUUCGACAGUAUAUCAACGAUGGUCAACUCAUUCUGGAGAAGAGACACAGCCAAGUUUGUCUUGUUACAAGUUCUUGUUACCAAUUCUCUAUUUUGUCUCUCAUCAGUCACGGGUGGUGCCGCAAAAUGUAAUACCAAAACAGUUAUACCUGAAGUUAAUAUCUCCUCAAGUCCGCCAGACCGCACACAACCUAUCGGAGCAGCCAUAAGUCUGAUUUGUGAAGCGAGGUCAAGGGCUGCUGACAAAUUAUAUCCCAGGAGAUUCGUCAAGUUUAUUCAGUGGUAUGAUCCUAAUGGGACGCCAAUAGGAGUCAAAUGCCAGCCUAAGCAACCACUAAAUAAACUGAGUUGUCCGUUACUUCUUAAGAAUCUGACUGAAGAAAACUUUGGGAACUACACUUGUGAAGCAGAAAAUGACUAUGCUGGAUACUGCAGGAGAAAAUCAAUCGAAAUUCGUCGUAAAGUAAACUUAAGUUCGCCUGAGACAACAAAGGCGCCUCGUUUUCUUUUUCCUGAGAUUGCUGAAAACCCAAUGAACCAAAGCGUUUUCAUUGGCUCCAAUGUAACUUUCAACUGCACUGCCACGGGUAUUCCUACACCAGCCAUCUCAUGGAUGAAGAACAACAAUUCCUCUGACGUAACAUCCAAUGUGAGGGCAAAUGUCCAAGGCGAUAAAAACAAUCACAGUCGGCUGAUAAUAACGGAAGUAAAGAAGGAAGAUAGUGGUAGAUAUCAGUGCGUUGCAACCAACAGUGCUGGUAAGAGGACAUCGUCAGAGGCGUUCUUGCACACAGAAGACUUGGAAAAGGUUAGUCCGCCUGAGACCACAAAUGCGCCUCAUUUUCUUUUUCCUGAGAUUGCUGAAAACCCAAUGAACCAAAGCGUUUUCAUUGGCUCCAAUGUAACUUUCAACUGCACUGCCACGGGUAUUCCUACACCAGCCAUCUCAUGGAUGAAGAACAACAAUUCCUCUGAGGUAACAUCCAAUGUGAGGGCAAAUGUCCAAGGCGAUAAAAACAAUCACAGUCGGCUGAUAAUAACGGAAGUAAAGAAGGAAGAUAGUGGUAGAUAUCAGUGCGUUGCAACCAACAGUGCUGGUAAGAGGACAUCGUCAGAGGCGUUCUUGCACACAGAAGACUUGGGUAAGACUUCCUUAUAUUUUUAA